AUGUGCAACAGUCCUAUUUUCGAGAUGGAAGUUGCAAAGUUGAUUGACUAUGAUGUCUCCCGUGGAAAGGAGCGACUGAGGACGUUCGAUGAUAAGCAAAUCAAGGCCAUUGAAGAUACGCUGGCCUGUGCAGAGGCGCGUUUGGGUCCGCACUUGAAGCAAAAUACAACGACCCGUUGA